UUAAGAUUUUAGGAGGAGAUAUAUUUAGGAAAAACAGUUCGCAACAGUAGUCCCUAGUUCGGAGAUGAUCACAUUCAACGAAAGCAUUAACAAUAGAACAUUGGAUACUGAAUGGAAUAUAUUUAUCUACUGCCGCGUAGUAUUUAUUAUAUGUGCUGUAAUAGACGUGGUAGGAUUCUGUGCCAAUUUCUUUUCUAUUCUCGUGUUUGUUAGUCAACGUAAACUGCGCAAGAAACAUAACACUUUUGUCAUCAACUUAGCCGUGGCCGAUUGUCUUGCGGGUUUCUGGGGAUUUUUGUGGAACGCAUUUUUCGGCUAUCCAAGAAUCUUGAACAAAGGAAAGUUAGGUUUUACUGGAAUCGUUGUCUUGUCUAUGUUUGACUAUGUUAUCAUGGCGUCAAUCUUAAGUAUUUUUGCUGUUUCUUUAGAAAGAUUCUCGGCUGUGGUUACACCUUUAAAACACGCUCAUUAUACACGACAGCGAACAUUAAUGUAUUAUAUAAUUUGUAUUUGGUGUAUUUCUAUAACAAAUGUAUUCGACUAUCAUUCUGGACCAAGGUUUUGUUACAUGGAGCGAUCAUUAAUACUGAUACUUGUGGCGUUGGUUUGUUUUAUGUACAUACCUAUAUUUUUUAUAGCAAGAAAUACGACCAUUAAAAGACAAAAUACCAUUACUGCUAUCCAUAAAGACAAAAUACAAACUGCAAUGCAUGUGUUAAAAAUAUUUGGUCCAAUAGUUGCCGUCUUGUGGUUGAACAUGUUUCUUCAAAUUGGAAAUGUUGUAUCCUGUGGACAUCGUAAUGUAUCAAAUGAUUUUCUAUCGUAUUACUUGUAUACAUUUUGGGCGUCGUAUUCUAUCAACACAGCAGUUAACCCUUUCAUCUACUGGGGGCGGCAAACACAAUUCAGAAUUGGCUCUAAAAAUAUGCUAAAGACAUGUAAAUUGACAAUCGCAAAUUUAUUUGUGAACGAUACUCAGAAUUCGGUGAAUACUAUAUCAGGUAAUUGAAACAGGUUCUAAAGCACACGACGUGACAGUCACAAGACGCUAUAUGUUAGGAGACACAGCGUAUAUACGACGAAAUUUCGCUUUCAAGGAGAUACUAUUAUUGAUAAAAUAUAAAACAUUAAAAAAAUAAAUAAAAAUAAAAUAAACGGUGGGCAAUGUUGUUUAACACUAUGUCCACACUAUCAAAACAUUGAUAAUGUGGAGAGAGCUUUAUACAAUAUUGCACAUGUGACAAAUUUGUGUGAUAUGCCCAUAUAUAGGCAUGAUGAUGUCAUAGUAGGCCUACACCCAAUGCCGUGGCCAGCUAUUGGGACAGUUGGGACAGUCCCACACAAUUUUUCUAAUGGUCCACAAAGAAUGGGUCCACAUUUUGAAAAAUAGGUCCAAAUUAUGCAAUUUAAAUUUUAUUAAUACAUAAAAUUGGUUCACUUUUUGAAAAAUGGUUCCAGAUUUUUCACAUUUAGCCUAAAAGUGGUAAAAUUUUAAUCAAUUAUGGUCCAGAUUUUUCAUAUUUUUGCUUAAAAUGGGUCAACUUUUAAGAAAAUUGGUCCACAUUAUUUGAAUUUACACGUAAAGUGGGUCAACCCCGAUAUUGUCCCGCACUGUUUGAAAAUUUUGGCUACGGCAUUGAUUGUACACCAUAGAUGUAACAUAAAAUGUGAUAGUGUGGACUGCGCUUUAAAAUGUAAACUCAUGGCGUUUAGAUAUUACUCACGAUAAGGUAUUAACAGUGAAUCGAUUGUUCACUGUAAAAACAGCGUGGAGGAUUUAAAUUCAAAGUUCCACGCAAUUUUCUCCUGCCUUUGGCGACACGUUUAAAAGCUAAACGUGUUUAGGCCCGGCCUAAUAUGUUUAGGUUUCUGACGUGUUUGGCUUUAAAUGUGCUUAGGUAUGAUUUAAUUCUAAACACGUGAAGAUCCUAAGCACAUUAAGUUAUGUCUAAACACUUUUAUCUUUUAAACGCGUUGGUUAAGGUUAAUGUUUAUAAUUGGCUGAACACUUGUUCAGUGUUGCUGCCAUAUUGGCGCAUUAGCAAGCAACCCCACCAAGUACCCACUUAUAUUCCCGGGUGGAGAGAAGCAACACUUGUAUUCCUGGGUGGAGAGAAGCAACGCAAAAUGCAGAGAUCGAGGGAUUAAAACCCCGACUUCGAAAUUUGGGAAACCAGUUCUCUCUUCUAUGUGUAUUUUGGACGCACAAGAGACAAGUUGAUCGACA